AACAAACAAGAUUGUCUUUGGGAGCGUAGUCAUGCAUUUCAGGCCUUAAAUGUAGAUUUGUGCAGAUUUGCAUGAUGCUUAUUACAAUUUUGUAUUGCAUUUGUAUUCCAAAUUCAGACAAAGCCAAAUCUAAGCAUGCUUGUUCAAUUUGUUGACUACAAAUACUGUUACCCUAAAGCCACUUGCACAUUGAUGGAAAUGGAUUAUGUCUUGUGUUUUGUGAAUCAGAAGGCCAUUUUUUGAGAAUUUAGCUUGUGCUGUUAUCUUAGUCACAGAAUGAAACAGGAUCUUAUAUUAUGAUAAUAACGAUACAAGCCUCAACAAUACAAGCCUCUACAAACUGAAAAUAAGUUUAUGUUCUUUUCAUUUUCCGUUGUUGAGUGAGGAAGGAAAAAAGCUUAGUCCCUGAAGUGGCAAUGGUGGAAGUCUGGUGGCCGCUACUGGGGGCUGCAAUUACGGCCGUUGCAGGGCAAUCUUUUAGAAUGAAGAGAAGACGUGAUGAAGAGCAGAGGAUUAAGAGUGCCCGUGGUAGGGAGAAGAGUUCAGACGACAUUUUUGUCUGUGAGAGGGUCUGUACAUCAAAGAGAAUGUUGAAGAAGGUUGGAGCCUUCUCAAAGGACUCAAUCCCUGAUACAUGUGUUACUGUAUGCGGCGUAUCUGAGCUUGAUGCUUGCUCUGAUGCAUGUGCUCGUACUGUCUGUGUCAACCAGCAUCAAGUCCCCAACUGGAAUGACAUCUGCUUGCGACGGUGUCAGAGUGAAUGCCUCAAGCUCUCUGCUUCCCGGUCAUCUUAGCACUGCAUUUGUUAAUUUUUGGCGAUAUAUUUUUGUAGUGUAUUGUACUCUGCAUCAACAUUGCGAUUGGUUGGCAAAUCUUGAAAUUCAUGGUUUCAUUCUCCUAGUGUCAA